UGCUAAAAAUCCACUCAAAUCAGUCUAGUCCACAGCAGGCUGUUCUGACAGUUCCCAGCCAGCUUAAACAGCUCGGUGUAAACACAGCUUCUGGAGGUGUUCAGACAAUACUCAUGCCUAUGAACAAAGUGAUACAGUCACUUUCUACCAGCAAAGUUUCAGCUGUUACAGCUGUCACAGCAGCAAGUACGGUUGUCCCUAGUCCCUCUACAGCAUCCAUCACUAAAGUUAAGAUGGAGCCUGAUUCAACAGGACAAAACUGCAGUUCUGUGGGUACCCAAGAAGGCCAAGCAGCAGUAAAAACGGAAGAGAGCUCUGAACUUGGGAAUUAUGUUAUCAACAUAGAAUAUUUGGAGAACAUCCAGCAGCUUUUAACAGCAGUAGUGAAGAAGGUUCCAUUAAUUGCUGAAAAAAGUGAAGAUGCAAGCUCUUUUUGUGCCAGUUCAGUGGAACAGUAUUAUAGCUGGAAUAUUGGGAAGAGGAGGGCAGCCGAGUGGCAACGAGCAAUGACAGUGAGAAAGAUCCUACAAGAAAUCAUAGAGAAGCACCCCAGGUUUCACAACGUUACACCCCUGAAAACAAAGCACGUGGUGCACUGGUGUCGAUGCCAUGGCUAUACUCCACCUGACCCAGAGACCUUGCGGAAUGAUGAGGACUCGAUUGAAGACGUGCUGACACAGAUAGACAGUGAGCCAGAAUGCCCUUCAUCUUACAGCAGUGGUGAGGAGCUGUGCCGAAAACUAGAGGAACUACAGCAAUUUCUGAAACGAGAACCAGAACACGAAGAGGAAGUAGACAUUCUCAACUUUAGCGAGCCAUUAAAAAUAAACAUUAAGAAAGAACAGGAGGAGAAACAAGAGGAGAUGAAGUUCUACUUGGCUUCCUUGCCUGCAUCAGAGUUUGUGAGGGACACUGCAGAGAAGAUAGGGAUUUCUUUUCAGCCUGCUGAGGUACAAAAAAAUGUUUAUGCAUCAGUAAUAGAAGAUAUGAUUUUAAAGGCCACCGAACAGCUUAUGAGUGAUAUCCUACGGCAAGCACUGGCUGUGGCAUGCCAGACAGCUCCUCACAACAGGACUCCAAGAGAGAUCACAGUGAUGAAUAUUCACAAAGCCAUCUGUAGUAUUCCAUUUCUUGACUUCCUCACAAACAAACAUAUGAAGAUACUAAAUGAGGAACAAUGAAAUAGAGCAGAGAAGAUGCUACAGGAAAGGAACAUCACUGGUGUAGGAGACAUGUCUGCAGCCUGGCUAUCAACACCUCGCUGAAGAAGGCUUCGCUGGCAACAUCCUGACCACCCCACAUCCACCACCCCUUUGUCCUGCCCCAUGGGUGCUUGCUGGUAGCAUGAAUAAGCCAUUGUAAAGUUGGUGGGACUCCUGUUGGACUGUCAUGCUUUCAGAGUGCUUGUUUUGUGAGGCAGUGCUUUCAUGUGGGUGGAGGUGGAGCAUGGGUCAAACAGCCAGAACCUCCAAUGCACUGAUCUCAGCUGGGUCUCUGAUCUGCUGCAUGGCCUUUGAUUUAAUCACUCUGUGCCUCAGUUUCCCCAUCUCUGAGCAUGGGGAGCAGGAUACCUACCUCACAGGGGUGUACUGAGGCCUCGCUCUUGUUGGUGCCGUGCUUUGACAAUACAAAGCCUUUUAUAAACAUUAAACUACAAUUAUCUUUCCUGGCCUGGGGUAGGAACAGAAAUCUUCAAAAUGUUAUCUUUUGGUGCUUUUUUUGGGGCUAGAAGACAGGUGAUGGUAACUCCAGUAGUGUGCAGGAACUGUGGAAGAUGGUUCAGUUUAGAGGGUGGUUUCAGGCUUCCAAGGAGAGUAACAUAGGUUUGAUGCGGUUCUUAAACUGAAGAAGGUACUAUGUACCUCAAAUGAGAUACUGCCUGUCUUCUCCACCUUAAAUAAAACUAGGGUCUGCAGAUAAGCCCCCCUCAGUUCAUCAGAGCUAACAGGGAGUUAUAGUUCGCUUGAAUAAGAAUGGCAGAACCUGGCCCUUGAGUCUAGGAAAUGGGACCAAUGGAUGAAAUCCAAACAGCACUCAGAGAAGGACUUAAAUGCCCCCUAGAAAGGGCGUUUCACAUGCUCUAGAUUCAAAAGAUAAUCCUGGCUUGUUCGGGUGAGUGGAGUGCAGGAUUGCCUGCACAAGUAAGUGCACAGCUUAGCCCUGACAUUAGUUUUUCAGCUGAGGUCAGUGUGAAGGAGUCGAGCAGUGAUGAUUAUGUUUGAGCUCAGUGUUGAGAGUCAGGAGGAAUCCAGGUAGUUGGGGAACUGCAGGCCCCACACUUUGUUUGUAGGCUGUAGUGAACUCAAAGUCCAUACUGCUUUCAGGCAUCCCUGUAAACAGCUUUUACAAAAGAGAAGGGCAUUUUCAAGAUAUCUGUCACUAUCGCUAUGACAGCCUGCAGGUUGUGUGGGAACAGCCUUUUGGGCAAACUCAGUCAUGCUAUGAUCUUCUGCAAUGACACAUGCAUUUCCAGCCCCCGUCUCUUGUGGGCUUAGUUUCUGGGAUUUUGAUACGCCCAGAGCAGCUCUUGAGGGUGCAGAAGCUCAUCUUUGGGCAUCUGUUUGCAAAUUGUGGCUUCCUCGCCUGUGUCCUGCUUUUCUGUGAGGAAUGGAGUUUCAGAAUGAGUCCUGAACCUGGCCCUGAAGCAGGCAGGUAAAUGCCCCUUGUUCUUAAUGGGGUUCUUGCAGUGGAGAUCUAUUGCUACAUUUCUGAGCAAUCACAGGUUAUUCUCCUAGGAGAUGCUAUAUUAAUAAUAUAUAAAGUUUGCUGAAGAAAAAUAAAAUCUGUUAAAAGCAGAUAGAAAAUAACACAUUUGUUUAGUCCUUCAGAUGUAGGAAACAUUUGCAACAAGUUCUUUGAAUUUUGAAAAGUGGCGGGAGAAAAAUUUGUUGGCAAGAAGUUCCUGUAGGAAUUGCUUGGAGAUAAGUUAGAGGUUGUGGAAUUUCAUGCACCCGUUCAGGUGUGUGUGGGACGCUACAGAUGAUACGGUGUGUUGAAAUGUUACGGUAUAUUUCUCUGGCUUUCUAAAGAGUCUUGAUACAAGUUAAAGAUCUCUUUACAAAUAUUGCGCCUAUUUGUAAUGCUGAGUGUUAAGUCCUUCAUGUUAUCUGUAUUAUACUGUAUAAUUGUGUAAGAUACGUAUGUUUACAAUAAAUUCUUUUAUUAGCUG